GCAGCCGGGACGUGAACCAGCGCCCCAUGGGAUGCUGGUGCCGUAGGGGAGGACCAGCCUGCUUUGCCACCACACCGACCCCCAACCACCCGCCUUCCACUGUGAAAUCCCCCGAGGCUGUGCUCGCCCCUUUGUCACUGUGCGGGCUGCCACCCGGGCGGGGCCACACAGGGGUGUGGAUGGGCACGGUGGCGUUGCUGGCCAAAAUGGGUUUCUGCUUUGGGCAGACACUGGUUCCCAGCCCCGGCGCCUUCCCCUCUGGGCCGGGGAGGUGAAGGCUGCCGCGCAGCUCUGCCUGCUGCUUCCUGUGGGCUGCGUCCUCACCCUCCCGCUCGCCGUCCAGCCUCUGCCCGUUUUGCUCCCUGCCUCCUGUGCCCGGGUCCCAAGAUGGAUGUCGGCCCCUGCCUACCUGAGCAUUCAGAACCGGCUGCUCACUGGGAGCAGAAGCCAAGAUUCUGAUGUCUGCACUGACCCUGAGCCUGCGGUGGCAUCCGCUGUGCCCUGGCUGGGGAGGCGUCCAGCAGAGCACUGCCGUGUGUAAUUGGGUCUGUGUGAUUGGAGGGGCUUGUGCCCAUGGGCAGUGUGGGGACUGUGGCAGUCCCAGACUGGACAGCCGACUGUGUGUCUCCCGGGCCUGGGCAGGAGCCUGCCGAGUGCCCCCAAGCCUCCUGCCCUGUGAGCUGUGCAUUUGCCCUUUGUCCCCGCUCUGCCUGGAGUGCCCGUGACUGGUUGGCACUGACCCAGCCCCUGCCCGGCACAGCUCUGUCUGCCGCCCACUUUGGCCCAAGGUCUGUGUCUUUCCCAUUCUCACAAAGAAUGCCAAGGCUGUGCCCUGCCCCUCGGCCUGGUGAGGGGCGCUCUGACCCAUGGACGCCUCUGCCGCCACGCCCUCCCAAGGCGGCUCCCAUUUCUGCUGGGCAGAGGGGUCAGGUCUGAUGCAAAAUCCGGGUGGGCCCGGAAGGCCUGGGUGUCUCAAGUGGCCUUGGCUUAAGGUUUUGCAACUUGACACAGCCACGGCACCACUGGGAGCCCUGUGCCCACUUCUACUUUCUGUGCCAGCACCCGGCCUUCCCCCAGUGUCCACUGCCACCUGCUCCCUGCCUCAGCGUCCCCCGUGAUUCCUCUAACGCCGUGUUCCAGUCACAGAACUCCAGAGUUGGACGUCUUUGUCCGUGGGCUGUGCUGCUGCCUGGGAGAGUGGCCGGCCCACAGCCAGCGGAGGAUCUGGCCUGGGGAGGCUCAGUGCUGCGCCUCCACCUGCAGUGUCACCCAGACCACAGCCAGCCACAGAGCCAGGUCGGGGCGCCUCAUGGGGCAGCUUGGCAGAGGAGGCUGCGCAGCCACUUUCUCAGCCUUGGCACACCCAGCUGGGACCACCAGCUCCUGGAGCCCCAGCUUUCAGGGCAGUCUGCAAGACCAGGGACUAGGGACAUGCUGGGCUGGCGCCCCCUGCUGCUCGCCCUGAUGGCGCUGCUCCCCCUGGGGUUUGUCGUUUCACAGGAGUGCAUCAAGUACAAGGUCAGCAACUGUCGAGAGUGCGUGCAGUCGGGCCCUGGCUGCGCCUGGUGCCAGAAGCUGAACUUCACAGUGCCAGGGGAACCAGACUCCAGCCGCUGUGACACCCGGAAGCAGCUACAAGCCAGGGGCUGCCAGGCCGAUUACAUUGUGGACCCCCAGAGCCUGGCCAAGCUGGAGCAGCUAGGAAACCAGAGGCAGCAGCUUUCCCCAGAAAAAGUGACCCUCUUCCUCAGACCAGGCCAGGCGGCUGCAUUCAACGUGACCUUCCGCCGGGCCAAGGGCUACCCCAUCGACCUCUACUACCUGAUGGACCUGUCCUACUCCAUGCUGGAUGACCUCAUCAACGUUAAGAAGCUGGGCGGCGACCUGCUCCGUGCCCUCAACGAAAUUACCGAGUCCGGCCGCAUCGGCUUUGGGUCCUUUGUGGAUAAGACAGUACUGCCCUUUGUCAACACACACCCCGAGAAGCUCAAGAACCCGUGCCCCACCAAGGAGAAGGCGUGCCAGGCGCCGUUCGCCUUCCGGCACGUGCUGAAGCUGACCAGCAACUCCGACCAGUUCCAGACCGAGGUUGGCAAGCAGCUGAUCUCCGGGAACCUAGAUGCCCCCGAGGGCGGGCUCGACGCCAUGAUGCAGGUCGCCGCGUGCCCGGAGGAAAUCGGCUGGCGCAACGUCACGCGGCUGCUGGUGUACGCCACUGAUGACGGCUUCCACUUUGCUGGAGAUGGGAAGCUGGGGGCCAUCCUGACCCCCAACGACGGCCACUGCCACCUGGAGGACAACAUGUACCGGCGCAGCAACGAAUUCGACUACCCUUCAGUGGGGCAGCUGGCGCACAAGCUGGCCGAGAGCAACAUCCAGCCCAUCUUUGCAGUGACCAAGAAUAUGGUCAAGACCUAUGAGAAGCUCACAGAAAUCAUCCCCAAGUCCGCAGUCGGGGAGCUGUCUGAGGACUCCAGCAACGUGGUGCAGCUCAUCAAGGACGCCUACAGCAAACUGUCCUCCCGAGUCUUCUUGGACCACAGCGCCCUCCCCGAUACCCUGAAGGUCACCUAUGACUCCUUCUGUAGUAACGGAGUGUCACUCAUGGGCCAGCGCCGAGGAGAUUGCGACGGCGUGCAGAUCAACGUUCCGGUCACAUUCCAGGUCAAGGUUACGGCCACCGAGUGCAUCCAGGAGCAGUCCUUCGUGAUCCGGGCGCUGGGCUUCUCAGACACGGUCACCGUGCGGGUCCUUCCCCAGUGCGAGUGUCAGUGCCACGACCAGAGCCGUGAGCGUGGUCUCUGCGGGGGCAAGGGCUCCAUGGAAUGUGGCGUCUGCAGGUGUGAUGCUGGCUACAUCGGCAAGAACUGCGAGUGCCAGACGCAGGGCCGCAGCAGCCAGGAGCUGGAGAGAAGCUGCCGGAAGGACAACAGCUCCAUCAUCUGCUCGGGGUUGGGAGACUGCAUCUGCGGGCAGUGCGUGUGCCACACCAGCGAUGACCGCAACAAGAAGAUCUUCGGGCGGUACUGCGAGUGCAACAACAUGAACUGUGAGCACUACAACAGCCAAGUCUGCGGGGGUCCAGAAAGGGGGGAGUGCUCCUGUGGCCAAUGCCACUGCCGCGACAACUUCGAGGGCUCGGCGUGCCAGUGCAAGAAGUCCACGGAGGGCUGCCUGGACACGCAGGGCGUGGUGUGCAGUGGCCGUGGGCGGUGCGUGUGUAACGUGUGCCAGUGUGAUGACUUCUACCAGCUCCCGCUGUGCCAGGAUUGCCUGGCCUGCCCCUCACCUUGUGGCCAGCACAUCUCCUGCGUCGAGUGCCUGAAGUUCGGCAAGGGUCCCCUGGAAAAGAAUUGCAGUGAGGCGUGCGGGAACCUGAAGCUGGUGGACAAGCCUGUCAAAGGCAAGCCGUGCAAGGAGCAGGACUCGGAGGGCUGCUGGAUGAACUUCACCAUGCGCCAGCUCUACGGGAAGAACUAUGAAGUCCACGUGUUGGAUGACCGAGGGUGUGUGGCGGGCCCCAAGGUAGCCGCCAUCGUCGGGGGCACUGUGCUGGGCGUGGUGCUCAUCGGCGUCCUCCUGCUGGUCAUCUGGAAAGCCCUGACACACCUGAGUGACCUCCGGGAGUACAGGCGCUUUGAGAAGGAGAAGCUCAAGUCCCAGUGGAACAAUGAUAAUCCCCUCUUCAAGAGUGCCACCACAACAGUCAUGAACCCCAAGUUUGCUGAGAGCUAGGAGCCCCCGUUGGGGACAGGACUUUGGGGCUCCUGCAGCCCAAGGCCCCGCCACAGCAGCAUUGUCUGUUCACCCAUGGCCGCUGUCCCCUACCCCUUCCCAGCGCCAAGCAAGGUCAGGCUCCCUCGGCUGCAGGCUGCCGGGAGAGGCACGAGAGAGGCACCGCUCUGGUCCUGGCUUUUGCACGCGUGUUUGUGAGAGUUAACCAUGUGAGAGCUCGCCGGUUGUCCUUACACUCAGCAGGUAUAAAACCACACCCCGACAGCACAGCCACUGACCCCAUGCGUAAUAAAAACACGCUUCAAACUUG